CCUGUGAGGACUCGUGUACUACAACACUCACCCCCCACGUCUUUUUUGCCAUGCACAACCUGCUGCAGACAGGCUCUCUGGGAUUGGUCGAGCCAGGAGAGCACUUUCUUCUGAGGUUUGAAGACAGAUUUCUUUGGAUACAGAUUCUGGAAUGUGGCUAUACUUUCCAGUACUACAGUGUCAAGGGCCUUGAACUACAAGAGACAAGCUGCCACACAGCUGAAGCCUCUCGCGUUGAUGCUAAUUUCAGUCGUGCCUUUGACAGUCAUGGAGCGGAAGGCCCCACAUGCCUCAACCCCCAUGCAGCACACACUCUCACCCCUCUUGCUCAGAUCAAUGUCCUUGGCUACUCUGACACCAAGAAUGUCUUGACUGGUGUCAUUGACUCUCCUGAUACUCUCAAAGUGGUGAAUGACUACUUCCAGAAAGCACUACUCUAUGUCAUAUUUGACUGUAUUGUCAAUAGAUCGGCUCUGCUGGGAAAUUCAUACAUUGAAGUUGAACGCCGGACUUCCAGCAGUGCUAAUUCCAGGAGUGGAGAUGUCCUGAAGAGUCUGCCGAAGCUCUCCAGAAGGACAGAGGUUCACUUUGAGGAGGAUGUUCCACUCAAUGACAUGGAGGAGGGUCAGGAGCAGAACAAGGACCGGGUGUCAACUAUGAGCGGACGGAUCUCGCAGCUCUCCUCAAAGACCCCAAGUGGAAGGAGCAGCCGACUAGCCUGGAUCGAUGACCAGAGGCUAUAUGGCCCAGUGGUAGAGAUAUCCCCACCAUCAAGUUGGGAUGAUAGUGAAGACCCCCUGGAUCAGAGCAGUUCUAAGAAGAGGAGGCCGAACCCCCGGAGAAAGGAGGACAUCAUGAAUGCCAAAAACAAAGACAGGAGCCAGACAUCCCUCCCACCCAUCCAUUCAAAGCCACAGACUUACCUAUCAUCUCUGGAGGACCUAACAGAUGUUAGUGACAAGGUGCAGUUCUUGCCAGGAAUCAUGUAUGACUCCUCCUCAGACGAUGGCCUUGAGGAGCAUGCUGUUGGAGGCCAGGCCAAGGCAACAAACCGCUCCAAGAUUAAGAGUCCUGCCAAGGUGAACAUGCGAGUCAUCUCCCGCACAGAACUACGCACACCCAUAUAUAAUUCACCUCUGGGUGCUGCAUUAGCACCCUCCUCAAGCUGGUUCCUAGAAAUGCCUCUGGACUCAGAGAUGAUUGAUGAAGUGCAGGACAACUUUCCCCAUGCCUGGUUCAAAUUCCUGCUCAACCACUUCGGCCGCAUGUACGUGGAGAACCGCAGCCAGCGCUCAGCCGAUAGCAAGGCUUCAAGGGCUUCCCGAGGUUCAGGUCCAUCGUCCACCAAGAGUGCAGGUGACAAGGAAGACCAGAUCCAAAGGAUGCAGUAUGACGAGACCCUAGAGGAAUCUUACAGAUACCUAAUUGGUGCUUGUCAUGUGAUUGUCUUGGGGUCCGAGAACCACCCACCAACACCCAUGCAGGUUUACAAAACUUUCAGUGGUGAAAUACCCUGGUCAAUGGCAUUGGACUGGCUGCUGACGAAAGACCUGUUAUAUGAACUUGUUCUCAGGGCAUAUAGAGUUGGAGUGAAACUCGCCCUCGAUCACACCCUCAUCGGGGGCAUCACGGGCUGGGCAGAACUACUGGGCUCCCUGGAUGACUACUGCUGCAACUGGUACCUUGGGCCUGACAUCAAGAGCAACAGCGAAGCCCCGGCGAAGCCCCGUGGAAAUGCGCCGUACAUGAGGAGCGACGCAGAGUUGGCCAAACCGAAGUCAUGGGCAGAAGCUGUGAAGAAAGAAGUGCCGAAUCUCUUUUCUCUGGGAUAUAAUGCUGUUAAGGGUGUUUUCACGUCUCAUCUGCUGAGCCUAGGGAAAGGCAGAAAUUGCAGUGGGCCGUUUGGGAGCAGAAACUGUCAGGGGCCUUUGGGCUUCACUCAUGAUGGAGCUCCUGUAUCUCACCAAUGAUGACGAUGAACGAUAUUCAAUUCAGGCGCAGCCCGGUCUCCUCCGUAAUCUGACAGUGCAGGCGGCUGAUCCUCCCCUGGGCUAUCCCAUCUUUUCCAGCCCUCCCCUUAGGCUGGCACUCAUCUGGCUCAACGCCACGUACGAGCAGCUGCCACAGUCUAGGGAUGGGGAGGAGGGGGAGGAUAGUGCACGGGAGGAGGAGGAGGAGGAACCCCCUUCGUCAGAUAUUUUCAUCGUCAGUCACAAGUCUACUUAGAAGAAUGUGUGGGUGUGGGUGUGUGUGUGUGGGGGGGGAGUGAGUGCCUGCAUGCGUGUGGGUGUGUUUUUCUGUGUCUGUGCAUUAUUGUGUCUAUGUGUGUGUUGUGAUAGAGAUUAUUUAGACAAAAUGUGUUUGUGAGUGUGCAAUUAUGUGUUUGUACAGAUGUUCACAUGACCAUGUAUGUUAAUUAUUUAAUUAUUUAUAUUUUUAUAAUGAUAUAAUGAGUUAUUACAAAUGCUUACUUUAGAAUAAUUACCAGGAAUUGGUUUUGGAAUUAAUUGUUCUCUUAUUCAGUUGUAAAUGAUAGGGUAUUUUUGGAAUUCUGGGACCAUGAAUUACUCUAUAAUUGGUCUUCCCUAGAUAUGUGAGCUGUCACUGCAUGUGCUCAAUAAGUACAGUUUUAUAGGACUCUGUUGUUCAUCACAUAGAUAUCAAAAGGCCAAAAAAGAUAUAGCUGAAGAGAUAUAUUAUCUGUGCAGGCUGAUUGGCAUUUAGAUAUUUUAUUCUUAGUAGGCUCUCUAAUUCAAAUUAAGCCAAUUUUGAAUCAAAAGAGUGAAACUUUUUAUUAAUUCUGUUUUUUAUUUUACAUAGAGACCUUUUUUUUUUUUUUUCUUAAAAGUUAUGAUCUCUUGAGUGAGUGUGUGAAGUCAGCAUCUAAAACAUGAUUAAAGAGAAUUAGGGCUGCAUGUUUAUCAGAAAAAGUCAGGCAUACCUUCUUCACCUGUAGCAGAUAGCCUCUAGCCAAUUUUCUACAUACGUUAUAUUAUGAGGUUACCAUGACGAUGACAACGAGAACGUUUCUGCAAAAUCACAUUUUAACUGUUGCCAAACUAUGUACAAUAGACUUCCUUUGCACAUUCCCAGAGAAGGGGGAAUGCAAGGGGCUGUAGUCACAGGUAUGAUUAAGCUGUAUCCGUUAAAUGUGAUUCACAUUAUUAUAGAAAAAGAAAAUAAUAAUGGUAAAAAUUUUAAUGCAUUGGAAUGACGUGCAAGGAAGAUGUGUCACAGUAUUUUUCAAGAUAAUGUUGAAGAAGAAAAUGUAAAUAAGCAUGAAUGAAUGAAUUUCAUGCAACAGCAGUAAACUAGACUUUUCAUGAGAUGAAAUACGAAAAUAGUAUUUUUUUUCAGGCAGUGAAGGUGAUAAGGUACACUAUUAGAUAAUGUAACCUUAGCCAUCUUAAUUUGCUGCUGGUCUUUCUAUAGGAGAAAGAAAGGAAAAAACUUACUGUGGGCUCACCUGCACGUCUGUAAUUUCAGAUUAUUUAAGGAAAGGUGGAAAAUUUUUUUAAAAGCGAUUGUAUGUAAAAAGUGAAAAAAAAAAAAAAUACUCUGCACUGUCUGUGAUAAUGAUUUGAUAAUAAGGGCAAACUUGGUUGUUGCUUCAUUAUGCAUUUAGGCUAUUUCUCAGGGCUGGAGAUUUAUUCUACUUUGAUUCGUUGUUUAUUCAUAUGAAAAAUAUCAAUUAGAAACACAAGUUUUAUUAAUUUACAUAUUUAUCGAGUAAAUUAUGUAUCGAGGUCUCACUUGUAAGGUAGUCACACAAGUGCAAAUAUUAAGCAACAGUUGUAUUCAUUUAUUUUCUUUGUUAGAUAACAUUGGAUUCCUUUUGUGUCUUACAAUUUUUAUGUAUGGAUAAGAUCUCUAUUGAUAAUAUGCAAUUGUAUAUUAUGAUAAUUAAAGACACUAAUAGCUUAUAUUUCUGUAUACUGGAAUAGAUACUUAAAUCUCUCAUUGAUUAUGUGUAUAUUGCAUGUAUAUUGCAGUGUCAUCUUUGGCUAUGAAAUUUCAUGGUUAUAUUCAUGGAGUCCAUUGUUAUCUGCAAAAAGAAAAAAAUGUGAAGAUGUUAAAAAUUGUGAUCACUUUGAUAUUUGUUUAUUUUUAAUAAAAUAACAAAAUUA